AUGUUGCCACAUCCUUCGGGCAGGUGCACCAACACUAAUAGUAUCCUUCGAGGAGGGGAAAAAAAAAAAUCUUCGACUCCUUAUAUUACGGCAGAGGUCGAAGGAACCCGAUACUCCAAGGAUUUAUGUCCUGGUUACGUUUUGACGGGGUUCCUCUUCUCGAUACAACCUCACGUCAAAGGAAUCAUAAAUGUCCCGGAAUGCCGAAGAAGUAAUAUCGUAUAUUAG